GCAGUGGAGUCAAUGGAGCAGCUGAAUGAUCCUCCUGUUGCUCGGAGGCUCGUUCUGUGCUUUGAUGGUCACAUUGUGUGAAAGCCUUGUGAAAAUUGACCAGUCUGUAGGAUUUAGUGGCAUCUAUUGGUGACCGUGCAGAUUGCAAGCAGCUGGAUACACCUCUCCUCGCCGCUCCCUUACCAAGAACAUUAUUGGAGAACCUAUACGGUGUCGUUCAGCCGUCAUUGUGUGCGUCGGCGGAGGAGACGACGCGGGCGCACAUCGCGACGAUAGGUGUCUCCCGCUCCGGGAUCGACGCGAUGGAUGCGCGCUCUUCCGGAUCUCUCCCUGCGAGUCCGGCGGACGGGCGCGAUUCUCUCCUGCCAGUCGCAUCAGCAUCUUCCGCGCGUCGCAAGGUGUCUUUGAAAAGGGAGCCGUCACUGAGAAGAUCCUUGUAUUCAAGAUUAAACACACCUCAUUAGAUCAUGAAGGAUCAUUGUUAUUCUGCGUAAGAGGAGAAGAGGCAUCCCUUAGCUGUGACCUGCAAUUUUAUUUUUCUAUGAGCACUGAUUCACAACGAAGAUUGAUCCCACCGUCGACCCAAUGUAGGAACUGCUCCCUCCGAUUCCCACGACAUCUACUCUUGCUUGGAUUUCAGAAUUCAGUCAAAUCCACAAGGACAGAUUAUGCCAUCUGCACCUUUUCACAGAAUCCUGCGACCCCUUCUGUUCGGCACGUUCAUACUGGGAUGCUUUGUCACUCUGUUUUUGAUGUAUUUUAAACCAUCCACCAGCUGGUUAUCAGGUCCAGUAGAGUCAACAGCAUCCACAGAACGAGUUAAGAACCUCUUCUCUACCAAGAGCGAUAAAAACGUGACCACUGUGCUGAUCUGGCUCUGGCCCUUCGGACAAACCUAUGACCUGAGCGUCUGCAGCUCUCUCUUCAACAUCGAGGGCUGUUUCAUCACAGCUGACAGAAAUCUCUUCAACAAGUCAGAUGGGGUCAUCAUCCAUCAUCGAGACAUCUGCACUGACCUCUCCAACCUGCCGCCGCUCCAGCGACCAUCCUUCCAGAAGUGGAUAUGGAUGAACUUGGAGUCACCGUCACACUCGUCACAGUUGCCUGGGGUCGAGAACCUGUUCAAUCUGACUCUCAAUUACCGUCAGGAUGCUGACAUUGAAGUGCCUUAUGGGUCCAUCGUAGCAGCGGAGGGCGAGGAAGACUUUGUCCCACCCAGCAAGAACAAGUUGAUCUGCUGGAUUGUGAGUAACUGGAACCAGGACCACGUGCGGGUGAAGUACUACAAUGAGCUGUACAAACACAUUGAGGUUCAUGCAUAUGGACAAGCCUUUGGGGAAUACAUCGCUGAUCAGGACUAUUUCCCCACCAUUGCCAGCUGUAAGUUCUACCUGUCUUUUGAGAACUCCAUCCACAAGGACUACAUUACUGAGAAACUGUACAACCCCCUCUCUGUGGGGACAGUGCCAGUGGUUCUCGGCCCACCCAGGCAGAACUACGAGAACUUUAUCCAGGGAGACGCCUUCAUCCACGUGGACGACUUCACCUCACCCAAGGAGCUGGCUGAUUACCUGCUGCUCCUGGACAAGAAUGAGGAAAUGUACGUCAGGUACUUUGACUGGCGGCGGCACUUUAAAGUAAAAAAGGCCUAUUUCUGGGCGGAGCACACAUGCCUGGCUUGUGAUUACCUACGCAGGCACAAGGAGUAUAAGGCAUUUAAUAACCUUGACAAGUGGUACUGGGGUGGAUAGGGCUAGGCAGUGCUUGUUUUGUUGUUGAAGGCAGUGCUUUAAGAUUUUUGUCUUUCGGUUGACAUGAAGAUUCAUGUUCACUGUUCUGUUGAGAGCUCCUGAUUGAUGCUUUUGUAUUGGUUCAGUGGCCCAGUGAGAUGUCCAUCGAGUUGUUUUUUUUCUUUUAAUUUGCAAACCAAUUUUUCUAAGCCUUACUUUGCCUUUUGCAUUACUCCAUUAUUAUUCAGAUUUAUUUCUAUGAAUUACAAAUGCACUAGAUUUUUUUUUAAUUGUUAUUUCAACCCAUGUUUUGCCUAACAUGAUCACAUUUGCUGCUAUUUUUUUAAUGUUUUUGUUCUAUUAUUAGUAGGAAUACUUGCUUGUGUGAAUGUUCCUGUAUGACAGAUAAUAUUCAGACCACUAGCUUGUUUUUUUUCUUUAAAUAUCACCUUCUCAUGAAGUGGCACACAGCAGCGAACCUUGCAUUGGUGUUGGCUGCAGCUGUAGACUGAUAAAAGUGAACAUAUUUAUGUAAUAUUUAUUCAAGUGAGGCAUUAUAUGAUAAAAAAUAAACAAAUUCAUCUGUGCUAGUGAUGCGGUCACCUAUGCAGCGUUUACUGAACUCAAUUGUUCAAUUGUGUCAUGUACAUAUUGUGUAUUUUUGAAAUUAUGUAGCUGUAAUCUCUUUCCAUAUUUUUGUAAGUUUGCAUUUGCACUGCUAAUUCAAUUCAAUAUCUUAACAUAUGUACAGUGACACAGAUCGUCAUGGUAUAUGGUUGUUGAUGGCCUGUGGUGAUCAUUAACCCCGUAGUCUCUGACAGCAGAUGUCACUCUGCUCUGAGAGGGAGGUUGCUAUUUAAAUUAUCCCGUGAAUUGUUCAUUGUCACGUAUAAUGUGUCACAGUGCAGUGGCAUCCCAUGUGGAUGAUGAUAGUACAGUACAGAGACAUUGCACUGCAAUGUGAAACUCCCACACAACCCAUUCUGUUGCAUACUGAUUUGAUCUACAAAAGUCUGUCAUUUAGAACCGAAUUCAGUGACAAAAAAAAAAGAGCAGGAAAUUAAAACAUAACUGGAUCCCUUUAUUAAGCUGAUUUCUUCGGUGUAUACUGUGCUCUCAUCCCAUGGUUUCACCCUGAAGACAUAAAUAAAAACACUGAUAAUCUCAACUGUUUUCAGCAGUAACCAUAAUGGCUAAAGCCAAUGUGAAGAAUCGACCAGCUGUGAUCUGCCCACGUGUUUGGGACCUGUGAUGAAUAAUAAUAAGAAAAAAAAUGUGAGACGUUCAAGAUUACUGUGCUCAUGUUUCUGUUUUUUAAAAACGUGACACCACAGUGUUGUUCGGGGAGUUGGCAGUUGCACGCGAAAGUCGUUGUUGUUGUCGUUUUCUUUUUUCUUUUUUGACGCACGACACCACUCAAGAUCACGUUGAAAACGGACAGCUCAUCAUCUGUAGAUACACGCACCACUCAUAAAUGUCAUCAUCAAAACAGCUAUUCCACUGAACAAUGUGUCUCAACAGCACUCAGCAGCUAUUGACAAGAUGGUGAAGUUUUUUACAGAAGUACUGUGCAAAACCAUGUCAACAUUUUAUGCAAGCUAAGCCCGUGGCUUCUUGGUCAAAAUACUCACAAAACGUGUCAGGUUAUUAUCAUUUUGAUAUUUCUUCACUGUCAAAAGGGGACCAUUGGUGUAAAUAAUGAGGAGUUCAAUUAUUUUUCUUAUGGAAUAUGGUUCUAAAUGCCACAACGAAACCUGUAUAUAAGCCUUGCUGUAAACUGAAUCGUCAUCUGGGUCAAACCAGCCCACUAACAGAUCGUUCCUGUAUGUGAACCAGGUUGAGGUAGUUCCUACAGUGUCUGCAUUCAUGGGGGGAAAGAAAAACAGUGGUUUGUAUAUAUUUUGAAUGUUCAAAUCUCUUGAUAACAUGCAAAUGUCGUCAGGCAGUGAUUGUGAUCUCUCUGUACCUUUGCAAGCAAUGCUGGUGCUUCAAAGACUGAAUCAACAUGAGAGAGAGAAAGAAACACUUAAAAAAGUAUCACCUGCACCAGAGACAAUGGUGAUGUUGUAAGGUGGACAAUUUUGUCAAGGGAGGCAAUUUUACACUGGAGAAGUUUUUAUAGGCAGUAAUCCCAUUGCCAUGACCUAAUUGAAAAAAAGUCAUGCCCAAAUGCAGCAGAGAUAUAGCACUUUUCUUCAUGUGGAGUCGUGUGACUCACUGUGCUGGUGGCUAGAUGGAGCUAUUGUGAGAUCGGAAACUGUCAACCAAGACCUCUGCCUGUCCCGCAGAUUCUCUGUGGAACUGUCACUCAUGGUUUCACAUUGUACAGUCUAAUCUCGAAAAAACAAAGGUUUCUUGUCCAAUGUGGUUGGUGACUUCAAGAAAAGAAAAGAUUUGUUUUUCUUCGUGUUGUCUGUCCUUUUCCUCCUCCCUUCCUUUCUCUCUCUCUCUCUCUUUUUUUUUUUGUUGCACAAAGACAAACAUGAGGCGCUGUGGCUUUCUCUGUCCCCUGUGUCUGAGUCCGCGAGUGUGUCACAGCACCAGAGAGGGAAUCGGGAUGUCUCUGGAUGUCCGACCUGGCAAGGAUUCUGCGGGAGUCCUUGGCAAACUCUUGUGUACUGAGUGUAAUGAAAUCUUCUUGUGUGAUUGAAUGUGAAGACUUCUCCAGAACUGCUCAUUUUCUGCCAGUUCACUGAAAUUGUCAGCGAGUCAAUCAGUAAAGUUUUUGUUUUUUGUUUUUUUUUGCCAAAUCAAUGUAAUUUGCCAAAUGUGUUUUAACUGUAGUUGUCUAAUAGUGUCAAAGAAAUAAAGAUAUGGAUAAAUGAGCAAACCCGAA